AUGAAGCGACUUUCGCUCAAUCUUCCUUCCGCUCAGUCCUCCUCCCUUUCUCUUAACUCUCCCCUAUUGGAUGUCCCUCAAACUGCGGUAGAUCCACCUCUCAAUGGACCGUACUCUUCUCGGCCCCGCAGGCCCUCAGUACUCUCCCUUCCCAACACAGCGACACCCAUAAUCCAUCGCAAAGACGAGGACGGAUCGCCAGCCGCACCUUAUACAGACGGUCCCAUCCAGAUUCUUCCAGGUAUAUGGCUUGGGUCAGAGGACAAUGCUAGAGAUUGGCCAGCCUUGAUGGAACGAAAUAUCAAGUCCAUUCUCAACGUUGCCAAGGAAGUUCAGCUUCCUUUCGACUCGGCGACCGGGCCGCCAUUGCGCGCCUUCUCCUCAACUCCCAACCUUGCAGCUGGCUCGUCAAAGUCAAGUGUCUCGACGUACUAUCCUCCGCAUGUUCCCAGCGGCAGGCCUGGCAUGUACUACCUCAAGCUCCCAUGGUCUCAUGGGCAGUCGGACCUUGUGCGCGAUGGUUUUCCUACAGCGAUGGCGUUUGUCGACGCCGCCCUAGCGCGCCACGAGGGAAUACUCAUCCAUUGUCAGUGCGGUAUUUCCCGAUCAGCGACCCUUGUCAUCGCGUUAGUGAUGCGGGCCUCUCAUACGCGCUCAGCUUCUGUACCUCCUGAAGUGUGGGAUCUGCAUAGCAUGCAAGCUGCUUACGCAUUUGUCAAAGAAAAGAGCCAACAAGUGGGCCCAAACAUGUCGCUCAUAUACCAGCUACUUGACUAUGAGAAGGUGCUUAAAGGUGGCAGCACAUCCCCUACUCCUUCUGACAAGUCGUCGUGUUUGAGCGAAGAAGAACGGGAAUGGGGUCGCCGCAGGUCGGCUUACGAGAAUAAUGAUAUUGAUGAUCGGGAGAGUGAGAUCAUUCAACAGGAGGCUCGGAACCUUGACCGUGCAAUGGAAGAACGCAUCAUUGCGCGCAAACCGUCAGCUUCCUCUAUCACAUCUUCAAAUGGAGUAGGCAUGGGCGUUGCUUGGCGUAGUCGCUACGGACGGAACCGUGCUGGAUCCACUGCUAGCGGUGCCAGUGUUCUCAGUGAGGACUUGGUGGAGGCCGACGAAGAACCGGAAUUGUUAGGGGUCGGUGGUGGCUUUGAUGAGUCUAGUGACUCCCGAACAAGUCCGUGCCUGUCACUUGCCAGCGGAUCUUCUGGCACCAAGGACAGCAUCACUGAACGGUCUUCGAAUUUGAAAGGUGAACAUAAGUUCCCUUUCCUGCGGACUAUGUCAGAGUCAUCCUCGUCUUCACUGCCUGAAGGACACGAACGUCAGGUCACAGUAUCUUUGCCUCCCAGCGGCAAAGGCUCUUUCAAAUCGAAACGCCGACCCCCUCCUCUAAAAACCUUGCCGCCUGUUCCUCCUUCCCCUGUCACCCCUUCACAGAGCAUGCCUAUGCCUCAGCCUUUGACUGCCCAGCCGAGGAGACGUUUAUCACGCAAAGCCGCACCUCCCCCCCUCAAACUUCGGAGCAGCGAACCUACCAAAAUUACCUUUCCACCCAAGUCUUCGGUUCAUCAGCAGCCCAUGGCAACCACACCGUCACAAACACUUCUUGUCUUCCCCCCUUCUCCUUCAAGACGGCCUUCAACGUUACGGACGCCAUCGACGAUGACCAUCACAUCCCAUUUUGCUGCUUCAAACGCGUAUCCUUUUCCUCCAUUACCCACCCCUCGCGUUAGUGCAUCGAGCAGAGAAGGGCGGGCUCGUUCCUUUAUCGGCAUUGGCUCUCCUGCUGUCCCUACCACUGCAUACUCGCGCGUUGACGCGCGUGGAUGGGUGGGACUUCGUGAUACAUCUGCCUCUUGA